UAAACUUGGUAAAUACAUCAGGUACUUCAUAACCUCAAUAAAAGCAGAAUUUCAUAACCAAUAAGUGUCACUAAAGUCAUUAAAGUCAGUUGAAUUUAAAUAAAAGUUGUUUUUUUAAAUAUAAAUUCUCCUUAAAUACUAACUUUAAUAAAAAUGAAUGCAUUUACGUACCUAGUUAGACGUGCGCCUACAAUAUCGAAUCUAAUUGUAAGAAAUUAUGCACCGAAACCUUUCACAAUGCAAUGGGUUCGACCGGAGAAACCCUCUUGUAUUUCAACUGAAAAAAGUGGUGAUUUAGGUUUGGAAUACAAUUUUAAUUCAAAAGAACUCUGUCCGAUCUAUCGAGAACUUCCUGAAAUUGAAAAUUGCAGUGAGGAUGUGAAAAAAUUAUUGUCACUCGAGUUUCAUCAUGGCAAAGAAACAGCGAGACUAAAAGCUUCUAUUGCUGAAGAGUUAGUAGAAAAUCAUGAAAAUGACCCUUCUUUCGAAGUGUCGAUUGCAAGAUUGACGGCUGAUAUACAUUAUUUACAAGAGCAUAUGAAAAAUAAUCCCAGAAAUAGGAGAUGUAAAGUAGCAUUAAAAGAGAAAAUUGAUAAACGAAAAAAGUUCCUGAAGAAACUUCGUUCUUGGGAUUACAAACGUUUUGAAUGGAUUUUAGAGAAAUUGAAUCUUGUCUACAAGCCUCAACCUGAAAAACACAUGUUCGUGACUAGAAAAGGUUCCAUAAGAUUAUUGUUGCAAAUGCAUUGCAAUGAAAUUAGACAAGAGAAGAGAAAUGCUUAUAGGGUGGAAUUAGAAUCACAACAAAAGGGUUUCUUCGAAAAGAAGGCGAAACAGCUUGCCUUUAUCAGAGAGGAAGAAAUAUUUUGUGGCCUCGAACCAACAAUUACUGAAGAAGAUAUUGAAAAUGCAAAGAAAAAAGCUGCUUCGUUAUAACAAAUUUAUUAGGUUUUUUUUUUUUUUGAAUUAUUUUUACUAUUGUAAUUAAUGUACAAAUUAUAUAUAUAUAUAACUAAAUGAAUUUACCCUACUAUAGAAGAAAUACAUAUUUGAUAUUUCGUUCGAAA